CAGGUCCACUUUCACCCUUAUAUAUGCAGUCCCCGCGAUGUGUGAUAGCGAAAUGAAGCCCCCAACCAAUCCAUAUAAGCUUGACGCCCUUCUGCUCUCUUUCUACCUGUACGCCCCUCUCACCUAGGAUCUGCAUCUGCGUGCCCGUUUCUUUAUCUGUGCAACCAAUUUUCAAGAUAUCCCAAUUUUGUUACCACCAAUAUGAAACCUCACAAAUUCCCCAGUUCUCAAAUUCUUUUACACAAUAAGCUCAAAUCCGCUACUGUCAUCCUCUCAAACCAACGUGACUCUGUUGCCCUUUUCUCAUCAACCCCAUGCUCAAACACCAAUCACACACAGACGGAAACUCCCUAUCAAAGCUUCUCCACAGACUCACCUCCAGUAAGCACCCAUCAAGCUUUGCUUAAUUCAAUACAAUCUUCUCAGUGGCAUUUUGUCAAACAUCUUGCUCCGAACUUGACUCCAGAUCUUAUUUCCUCCGCUUUGCUGUCUCUCCAGAAAACCCCUGAUUUAGCUCUUCAAUUUGUAACCCACACUGGAUUUAAGAAUCUCGAUAUCAGAACCAAAUGCCUUGCUCUUGCUGUAAUCUCUCGCUCACCAUCCCCAAAACCUACGUUGCAACUUUUAAAAGAAACAUUGGCUAGUGGCAUUUCUACUAUUAAGGAGGUUUUCGAUGAACUGGCAGUUGCUAGGGAACGGUUAAAUGCUAAAAGUAUUAUACUUUUUGAUUUGUUGAUAAGAGCUUGCUGUGAACUGAAGAAAGGCGAUGAUGCAUUUGAGUGUUUUAGCAUGAUGAAGGAAAAAGGCGUUGUUCCUAAGAUUGAAACGUGUAAUGCUAUGUUGAGUUUGUUUCUGAAGUUGAAUCGCACACAAACUGCGUGGGUUUUGUAUGCUGAGAUGUUCAGGUUGAGGAUUAAUUCAACAGUGUAUACAUUUAACAUAAUGAUCAAUGUUUUGUGCAAGGAAGGGAAAUUAAAGAAGGCAAAGGAGUUUAUUGGGUUUAUGGAGAGUUUAGGGGUUAAGCCCAAUGUUGUUACAUAUAACACAAUAAUCCAUGGAUAUUGUUGGUUAGGGAGAGUUGAAGGUGCUCAAACGAUUCUUGAUGCGAUGAAAAGUAAGGGGCUGGAGCCUGAUUCAUACACGUAUGGUUCACUAAUCAGUGGAAUGUGCAAGGAGGGAAGACUAGAUGAGGCAUCUAGGAUGCUCGAGAAAAUGAAAGAAAUUGGAUUGCUACCGAAUGCUGUGACGUAUAACACUUUGAUUAAUGGGUAUUGCAAUAAAGGGGAUUUGGAGAAGGCUUUUGGUUACAAGGAUGAGAUGGUUGGGAGGGGUAUAUUGCCAACUGUUUCUACUUAUAACUUGUUGAUUCAUGCAUUAUUUAUGGAAGGUAAGAUGGAUGAAGCUGAUGAUAUGAUAAAAGACAUGAGAGAUAAUGGGUUGGUCCCUGAUUCUAUAACAUAUAACAUCUUGAUUAAUGGAUUUUGCAGAUGUGGGAAUGCAAAGAAAGCAUUUAGCCUCCAUGAUGAAAUGGUAUGUAAAGGCAUUCAGCCUACACGGGUAACUUACACAUCGCUAAUUUAUGUUUUGGGUAAACGGAAUAGAAUGAAAGAGGCUGAUGACCUCUAUGAAAAGACAGUCUGUAAAGGUAUAGUUCCAGAUCUUAUAUUGUUCAAUGCCUUAAUUGAUGGUCACUGUGCUAAUGGGAAUAUGGAUCGUGCAUUUGCAUUAUUGAAGGAGAUGGAUAGAAGGAAAGUUGCUCCUGAUGAAGUGACUUACAAUACCCUAAUGCAAGGCCGCUGUAGAGAGGGGAAAGUUGAAGAAGCUCGUGAGCUUCUUGAAGAGAUGAAAAACAGAGGAAUCAAACCUGACCAUAUUAGUUACAAUACUCUGAUUAGUGGGUAUAGUAGGAGAGGCGAUAUGAAUGAUGCCUUCAGAGUUAGAGAUGAGAUGCUGAGUAUAGGAUUCAAUCCUACACUUCUCACUUAUAAUGCCCUCAUACAGGUUUUAUGCAAAAACCAGGAAGGAGAACAUGCUGAAGAGCUCCUCAAAGAAAUGGUUAGCAAAGGCAUUGUUCCCGAUGACAGCACCUACAUAUCGUUGAUUGAGGGGAUGCAGAAAGUUAAUAACGUCACAAGUACUACUGAUUCAUAAUAAUUUGUUUGACUGAAGUUUGGAUUUAGAGUGGUAUUUUAAACGGAAUAUUCAUCUUUGUUUUUCAUGGAGGGCCAUCUCUUAUCUGUACUUUUCUUGACUUUGGUUCAGAAGUUCUUGGCAGCCUUUCUCAGAAACCUGUCAUUCCUAAUAAGUAUGCAACAAUGGACUGGGAAGCAGAAUGGGGUUCAUUAUGAAGUUACUUGAGUUUGAAGGAUAAAGAUUUACUGCAGGAGUACCAAAUACAUAGCUUUGAUUUUAAUUUCUUCUUAAUUUGUACAUCUGCACUUAGCUUCUCUGUUGUAGAACUUUGUAUUUAAAGUUGCUAGAAUUAAUAUAUAGGGCGUUAUUUAAAUGGAGUAACAAUUUAGUUUGCAACAGAUACAACAACCAGUUAAUGUGAAAAACAUUAAACAAAAAAAAAAUCCAUGAUGUGUAUCUUGUAAGAAUAAAAUAGCUGCUAUUUUUUUCCUCCAAUUUGUUUCUCUUUUCCUAUUUUUGAUGUCAAAGUGCCUGGCCUCAAGCAUUAUCUUCCCGUUUACAGUUUUAACUACAAUGUAUUACUUGAAAAUUAAAAACUAUGACAUAAUGUUAGACUUUCUGAUUAUCCCACUUGUUGCAAGUUUGUCACUUUGGAAGUUGCUAGCCAAUUAUCUAGGACAUGCUUCUAAACAUGGGAUCAAUUUUCAAAGAAAAGCCAAUCAUGUUACCAUUUCAUAUGCAUAAUCACUAUGCUUCGAUUAUGACUCAGGGUUUUAUUGGCCUAGUUUAGGAACCAUGUAUGGUAUUCUCUGCUUGUUCUUUUUUCAAUCUAACUCCCAUCUAGCUUGCUGAGUACUGUUACUUUUGUUGAAUUUAUUCUGACUAGUUUAAUACUAAAUCUCUCCAGUUGGAUGUUUAGUGUGGAACCUGACGAUGGGUCACAACAAGUUUUAUGCUUAAUAAUAUGAUGGUAUUUAUCCUGGUUGGGGAGAGGUUGGUUGUCCAGCAUGAUAUGCUGGAUGAGAUAUCCAGAGGCAUUAGCUUGAAUUGUGAACGAAAAGACACUUGAGUAGCUCAUACAAUUAUCCUGUACGGCUAUACUUAAGGUUCCACUCCCUCCUUCCCCACCCCCUCUCUCUUUUUAGUCUGCAACAGAAAAUCUGGCUAAUAAACUGGGUUGCUUUGCUGUGUUUGGUGCCAGUCCUAAUUUUCUCAGGUUUUAACGUUUUUGGAACAUGAACAGCUUGGGUUAUUUUUCAUCAUUUGUCACAUCAGGCUCAUUCAUGCAAUCAGGCUCUGUUUCUGUUGCUGCAGUGAUUUGUGAUGCAUGUGCGAGUGUCUGAACACCAUAACCGUUUCUCUCUUAUGCAAUGGCCUGAUAUCAUGAAAAAUCCCUUGUUUUGCUGGAUCAAGUGGUUGCCCGUGGAUUUUUUCUCGGUUAUUUAUGUACAUGGAUAAGUUUCUUACGUUCUUAUUGUAUGGCUUGAUAUCAUCCUACUUUUCAAAAAAAAUAACAUGAGCUCCAUAAAAUGUUUUAUUGAUAUCACUGUGAUUGAUUCCAUUAUUCUUAUUUAUAACUAAUAGUUAUAAGACCUUCAGGAAAGUUGAGGGAAAAAGGGGAAAAUGCAGAAAGAGCCUAGUGUCCAAAGGCCAAAAAUCGGCACAGUAACUUCUAAUGUCCAACUAAUUGGCAUUAUUGUCUUUCCUUGAAUUUAUUUUCUUUGAUUUUGCCAGGUUCGUACAGCCUUUUCCUUCUACUGUCAAAUUUAAACUUUGCAAAUGGUGUUGGAUCUUUCAUAUAGUGCUACAGUAGCAAGGUGAUAUUUCUGGAAUAUACUUUGUUAUUUUUGUAUGACUGUUCAAUUAAUU